CUUUGUCCGCCUAUCCGUUCAUCCAGCUGCCGCUUUCAUCGGACAAGCACAUUACGCUAACAACCUCAUCAAGCAUCAACACCGAUCUUUUAUUCGAUCAAACCCUUCAAGCGCAAGCAAGUGUCUUUAUUGUGGCCCUUUGGUUGACUGCUGUCGUUAUUCGCCCUCACAGUCCGCACUCAAUUACCCGAGCGGCAGCCAGAGUCAUGUAUCAGCAGUUCCAGCAACAGCCGCAGCACUCCCAAGGGAGCCAGCCCAAUGGAGGACAUCAGAACAGAGAAGGCGUAGACCCAAUUCACAUUCGACAGCUAUACAGGAACGAACUUGCGACGCUGACGUUCAACUCAAAGCCGAUUAUCACCAGUCUGACGAUCGCCGCACAGGAGAACAUUGGUGUGGCCAAGGUUAUUGUUCAAACAAUCGAGGACAGACUCAGAACCGCACCACCAAACCAAAAACUGCCUACGCUGUACUUGAUCGACUCCAUUAUCAAGAACGUUGGCGGACCCUAUCUGCAUCUGUUUGGACGAUCAAUUGUCACUCUAUUUCUGGACGCGUAUGCAGUUGUGGAUCCUACCGUUAGGGCCAGCUUUCAGAAGGUGUUGGGAACAUGGCCCAAUUGGAACACUCAGCUUUUCCCGAGAGAUGCCAUUACAAGAAUUGAGCGUGGAGUGAUGUCGAUUCAACAGCAGCAGCAGCCAUUUCAGCCAGCGGCAAUGCAUGUCAAUCCUCACUUUACGGAACCGCACCCACGGGAUAAUGCGUUCAAUGCUCAGGAUCCUAGACAAAUGAACCGUCCGGCCGAGCCCAGCGUGGAUAAAGUCCUGAUGCAGGACAUUCAAUUACUUCUCCUCCAUAAGCAGCAGGCGAUCAUUGCCAACCCAGGGGACCAGGCUAGUGCCAAGCAAGCGACUAUACUUCAGCAGUUGCUGAAUAUUGUGCAGACGACUCAACUGACGCCUGAAAAUGCCAACAUGAUCAGGCAGCAGCUCUCCCAGCUCUGGACGGCCACUCCAGGUCUCCCUGGGUAUCCUCCAGGGGCGAUGGGUCAGAAUCUCGCUAUGGCGCCGCCUCUACUGCCACCUAAUAUGAUGAUGGCGCCUUCCAACAGCGUCGCGCCAUCAUCGUCGAUUAUGUCCGUUGCACCACCAGUUCCACCCUUUCCCGGUGUCGCGCCACCGCUCUUUGCUCCACACUUGCAACCAUCUCCCGGAUCAUUGUCUAGCCCUAUGGUCCCGAUGGCAUCUCUACCGACUCCAAUGCCUAUUCUUUCAGGGAACCUUCCGAUAUCUGGAGCGGGAAUGCCCAACAUGCCAUCCGCGCCCGUCAUGACUGGAGUUGUCGCACCACCACCGCCGCCUGUGGCAUCUACCCCAUCAAUACCACUACCUACUACUGCAGCUGUACCUAUUCUGCCCGGACAAGCGAGCGAUCUGUUUGCUAGUUUGAUGCAGUCGGGUCUGUUAGGACCGAACGGCACGUUGAACAACCAGCUCUUGCAGAAUGCUGCCAACAUGAAUCGCGCCCCACAGUCACCUAUGGUCGCCACGCCUCCACUUCCAAGCGCGCCUCUUGACCGCGUGGGCCAGAGCGAGCAGGAUCAAAGCAUCAUGUCUCUUGGACUGAUCGAACUUACGAGAGGGCGACCAGCGUCUAUCCAGGUCAUGUACGGCACACCGCCCUUGCAGUGCAACCAGUGCGGCUACCGAUGUCCUAAAUCUGCAGACGCACAAAAGAAGAUGGAUGCGCACCUGGAUUGGCAUUUCCGCCAGAAUCGUCGUAUGAAGGAUAAAGCCAAGAAGAGCCAUUCUCGAAGCUGGCUUGUUGGAGAAGAGGAUUGGAUACACUCUCGAGAAGGCGAUUUGGGACACGGCCAGCAGCCUGUGUUUUUUGAUUUCGGGUCUGGCAUGAGCAAGGCCGUGAGCAAGGACGAGUUGGCGCUACAGGAAGAAGUCGCGCAGCUCAAGGAACAAAUCGUAUCUGAGACUUCGCUUGUUCAGGAUCUACGCGGGGAUGAGAGAGAUACAGUCACAGUCCAAGGGGCUAUGAACACCAUUUCUAAAGGCUGCUCAGUCUGCAAGGAAAAGUUCAUCAAGAUCUGGAACGAGGCUGAAGAAGAAUGGUCCUACAAAAAUGCAAGCGUCGUCGAUAAAGUGAUUUAUCAUGCAACCUGCCAUGCAGAUCUAGUUCGAUCAAAUCAACGCCAGGCUGCGUUGGUAGAGGCUGCAUUGGCUGCAGCGGCUGCAGCUGCAACGACAGCGAGCGCAGAGGCAACUCCCCAGCAGACCAACAAAAACGCGUCGUUCCUUGUGGAGCCAAAGAUGGAACAAAAGGAUACCAAGGCCGACGACCUGUUGCUGUCUGAUACUACUCAAGUCGAGCAAUGGCCCGAUAUCAUAAAACAACAACACUCUGUCGACCAAGAGAUGACUGGAGCAGACUCCGAUUUGCCGCUAUCGUUGAAGCGCAAGCUCGAGAUCGACCAGCAAGAAGAAGAGCAGAUGGCGACAAAGAAAACUAUUCUUGCGUAGGACUCUUGAUAAUCUGCUAUCUAUCUUGUAAUAAAGCACUCACGAAUAAACAUGGUGCUUGGUACAUUUAGUAAGAGCAAUCGACAUAAUUGCAAAAU